GCAGUAUUUUUUAACCGUUAGCUCCUCCAGUCCACACCUCGGUUAGAAGCGUAACGUGUGUGCUGCCUUUCUCUCUAAAACGGAAUAAAAUACAACAAGAAGAUGGACUUGGACUCUAUGAAAUAUGCUGAGCUGAGAAUCAUCGCUAAGCAGCUCGGGCUUAAAGGCAAUAUGAAGGCUGCAAAACUCCUGAACGCGAUCAAGCAGCAUUAUCACCAAGAAAAGGACAAAGAGGAGGAAGUGCAGGAGCAAGAGGAAGAUGUCCCUGCUGCUGUGGAAGAAGAUGAGGCUGUGACACCGGACAGUGGUGAGGAGAAUGAAGAGGUUUCCUGCCCCACCUUGUUUGUGAACACGCGUCGGGGCAAAGGAACCGGUACCAAGAGAAAACUCUCUGAUACUGCGACAGCGACCGGGUGUGAGGACAAGUCACCCCCGAGAGACGCCCAGGUUGACACGGAUGUGGUCCCAUCUGCUGCACCCUGUGGAGCUAAGAAGAGGAAAGUGUCCUCUGCCAAGGAUUCUGAUAAAAGUGAGAUUCCUCAGGAGCCCCAGACCUCUGACAGCGAGCAGCAGCCGGACAUUAAGGAGGAAGCAGAGAAAGCUCCCAAAGCCGGUAAAAUCCCUCGACUCCAGGCGAAGAACAAGCUGAUGUUGAAGCCUAUCACUCCCAACUUCAAGAAACUCCACGAGGCUCACUUCAACAAGAUGGAGUCCAUCGACUCUUAUGUCCAGAGAAAGACUAAGCAGAUGGAGUCUUUGAGGAGCUCAGCUAAGGAACUGAAGCCUCUGUCUGAAAAAACCAAACUGCAGAAAGUCGAUGCCAAAGCUAAAGUGCCGGCGAGCCAGAGUCGUGCCUCCAUUUUCAGCCCCAUCCUGCCGAGCAAGAAACCUGCCGAGGACAAACGCAGGAACAGCAAAGCUAAACCUGGGAAGGAGGCGGCUCUGUUCAGACCGCAUGUCCUCUCCACGCGCAGGAUCAACGUGAGGUUCUCUGAAGCCACUCAUGACAACGAGAAUAAGAAAUCUCUGCUGAAGACGCCGGCGCGCAUGUCUCUGUGCAGGGCCUCGAGCACGCCACUGAAGCAGACCCCGGCUGAGGGAGAGAAAACUGUCAAGACUUUCGCUGCCACUAAAGCUCCAGGAGCCUUUGUUUUCACCGGCAACACGAGUGCUGUAAUCACCCCCGGGACACAGAAGAAGCCGACCUUUGACCUGAAGGCCAGUCUGUCUCGUCCCCUCUCAUACAAGCCGCACACAGGUAAACUGAAGCCGCUCGCAGACGCCAACGAAAACCCGGCAGCAAACAAAUCGCUGGUCUCCAACUCCCAUCAGAAGAACUACAAACAGCACCAAGUCGGGACACGGGGGGACAGGAGAGUGAAGCACGAGGAAGUCCGGAAGCAGAAGAAGGAGAAUCUGCUCGGGGCCCGGAGAGGCCUCGUCAUGGUGUAAAAAGAAUAUCCCGCUUGUUUGUACAGCUUGUUUUCCUGUAAAUAUUUUACUGUCUGGCUACUUUUAGGAAGCUCUAAUCCUCUGCUUGUUCUUUACCCACUGUGUUUCCUCGUUUUUAGCCUUAGCGAUGCUUCUGUGUAUUUUGGACACAAUUCUACUGGUACUUUUGUUCUUAAAAAUGAGAUUUGCUUUGUUUUAUGAUUUUUUUUGGGAACGGCUGAUAAAAAGACAUUGAUACUAAA